AUGGAUGAGGAGGUGGCGAUCGGGGUUGGUUCGGCUGCAGCCGCCCAGACCGGGCUGCGACGACGUGUGGCCCGGGGGAAACGAGCGAUAGGUGUUACAGGUGCGGCUAGUUGGUCUAGUAGCGUGAUCAACCUGGUCAAUACCAUCAUCGGAGCCGGAGUGCUAGCAAUGCCGCUGGCCAUCUCACAUAUGGGAAUUGUUUUGGGAGUGUGCGUUAUAUUGUGGUCUGGGGUUACAGCAGGAUUUGGCCUUUAUCUUCAAUCUCGAUGCGCCCAGUACCUCGACCGUGGAAACGCUUCCUUCUUUGCAUUAUCACAAUUGACAUACCCCAAUGCAGCUGUGGUCUUUGAUGCAGCCAUUGCGAUCAAAUGUUUUGGAGUCGGCGUGAGCUACCUCAUCAUCAUCGGUGACCUGAUGCCAGGCGUAGUUCAAGGCUUUGUGGGAGGUGAUCCCGCCUAUGACAUGCUUAUCGACCGGCAUUUCUGGGUUACAGCUUUCAUGUUGAUUGUGAUACCUCUCUCUUAUCUACGUCGACUAGACUCAUUAAAGUAUACCAGCAUUGCCGCCUUGGUUUCAAUGGCCUACUUGGUUGUCUUAGUUGUCUACCACUUUGUAAAGGGAGACACGAUGGCGGACAGGGGUCCAGUUCGCGUGAUCAAUUGGGCAGGCCCAGUCCCGACAUUGAGCAGUCUUCCCGUCAUUGUCUUCGCAUUUACAUGCCAUCAAAAUAUGUUCUCCAUCCUGAAUGAGAUUAAGAACAAUAGCCACUUCCGCACUACGAGCGUCAUUUUUGCCAGUAUAGGCGGAGCAGCUGCAACCUACAUUCUCGUCGCCAUUACGGGCUAUCUGUCUUUCGGCAAUAGCGUUGCUGGGAACAUCGUGGGCAUGUAUCCUCCUGGUGUGUAUGCCACGAUUGGACGUGCAGCUAUUGUCAUGUUGGUAGUGUUCUCCUACCCACUCCAAUGUCACCCAUGCCGCGCCUCCGUCGAUGCAGUAUUGAAAUGGCGCCCCAAGUCCCAGGGCAGUGGUACUGAGGGCUCACCUCAUCGGCACCCAUUGUUAGGCCCGCGAGGUAACCGUACCCCGGAACCGAUGAGUGACCUCCGUUUUUCGGUCAUCACCACAACCAUUCUAAUCCUCAGCUACCUCGUUGCGAUGACUGUUUCUUCCCUUGAGGCAGUGCUCGCUUAUGUGGGUAGUACUGGGAGCACCAGCAUCAGCUUCAUCUUACCUGGCCUGUUCUACUACAAGAUUUCCUCUCCUGAUUCCCCUACUCACCGUGGCUUAUUAAAAGAGGACGACGAGGCUGUCGAAAACCUGUCAGAUGAGGAUGAACCCAAUGACGACGGCGAAGGCUCGCUUGCUCGCUCGCUUACUGAAAGCGGCAUUCUCCUCCGCAACACCCGCCACUGGCGUAAAGCUCUUCUGCGCCGCCUUAGCUUAGGCCUGGCCUUGUAUGGCGUUGUUGUCAUGGUUGUAUGUCUGAUCACGAAUACUUUUUUCAUCGCAUCGCAUUAA